AGACUAGUAAAUCUUUCUUGUUUUCAUCUUCUCUUGAACAGAAACUCUAGAAACCGACUCGUGCCCGGCCCUGCUUGGAGGGCCUCCUAUCCAUCUAUGUCAAAUUCUGAGCUUGAAAUCUGUCCAACUGGUCUGGACCCUGUCCACAAAUCCGGAUUGGCGUUUGGACGAGUCUUCUUUCUUCUAUCAUUACAGUUUUGACCGCUGAUGAAUAUGAAACUUGCAUGCUAUUCUUGUAACUUUUUAUAACAGUACUUUUACUUAUUUUACCC